GUCCGCCAUUUUUUUUCCUUGGUAGGUAGCGUAGAUUAUCCCCGGAUUUUGCAAACGGUUUUUACUUUCCUAUGUUAUUUUUGGGCAGGGAAUCAUCUGUACAGGUUAAAGAUCAGGGUCCUUCACGAGGACAAUCUCGGUCCGGGUACUGGAAAAUAUAGGCGGGCACUCGUCGGACGGCCACGAUCUACAGUAUCGCCGAAAGCUGCCGUCGUAGGGUUGUUUGGGAUGCCAGCAUCUCAGGUCCCCGCACAGGAAUCCAACGGCUCCUACUUCUCUCCCAUCCCCAUCCACACAGAUUGGAACCCACUCCCAACCGGAUAACAGGACAACUAUAUAAGCGCCUCAAGAUAACAGAAGCGUUGAGCCAAGAAACGCACACCUCGAGGCUCGAUGGAGGGACUGAAGCUAGUGGACGUCCCGAGAGCCCUCCCUCUCCUCUCCGCCGCUUUCGGCACCCGCCACCGCCGCCGCCCUCCGGCGACGUCGAGCUGCAGUCUCCGUUCCUUUCCUGGAUGCUGUUGCUUGGAAUAUGCUAGUGCUGCUGGGAGAACAUAUUUUUGGGUUCCUUCAAGUCAUAUUUGCAACUCUAAAUCUCAAAAGAAAAUAAUUUUCAGUGUAAGAUCUUCAAUAGAACCUGUGACUCAAGAAAUGCUUGGAGGCAUACCUAAGGAUUACUCUAUGAGUGGGGAUGAAAUACGACAUCGUUUUCUUAACUUUUAUGCUUCACGAGGUCACAAGAUACUCCCAAGUGCAUCACUUGUACCGGAUGACCCUACAGUUUUGCUUACAAUUGCUGGAAUGCUUCAGUUCAAGCCUAUUUUUCUUGGCAAGGAACCUAGACGUGUACCAUGUGCUACAACUGCUCAAAGAUGCAUACGAACUAAUGAUGUCGAGAAUGUGGGACAAACUUCUCGACACCAUACCUUUUUUGAGAUGCUUGGAAACUUCAGCUUCGGUGAUUACUUUAAGAAGGAAGCCAUUGUAUGGGCAUGGGAGCUUACGACCAAGGAGUUUGGAUUACCUCCGGAUAGACUGUGGAUUAGUGUUUUUAAAGAUGAUGAUGAAGCCUUCUCUUUAUGGCACAAUGAGGUAGGUGUACCUAAGGAGCGCAUUAAGAGGAUGGGUGAAGAUGACAACUUUUGGACCAGUGGAGUCACCGGACCAUGUGGCCCUUGCUCUGAGAUUUAUUAUGAUUUCCAUCCUGAGAGGGGAUAUUCUGAUGCUAAUUUGGAUGAUGAUAGUAGAUUUAUAGAGUUUUACAAUCUGGUCUUCAUGCAAUAUAACAAAAAGGAGGAUGGAUCCCUUGAACCCUUAAAACAAAAGAAUAUAGAUACGGGCAUGGGCCUCGAGCGUAUGGCGCGGAUCCUUCAGAAGGUUCCAAACAAUUACGAGACUGACUUGAUCUUUCCGAUUAUAGAGAAAGCUGCAAAUUUGGCAAAGAACUCGUAUGCUAAAGCAGAUAAUGUUACAAAGACCAAUCUUAAAAUUAUUGGAGAUCAUAUGCGUGCUGUUGUUUAUCUGAUAUCAGAUGGGGUUUUUCCAUCAAAUAUUGGCAGAGGUUAUGUAGUUCGAAGACUCAUAAGAAGAGUUGUUCGAAUUGGUAGGUUGCUAGGUAUAAAAGGCAAUGGUCAAGGGGAUGUUGAAGGAGCUUUUUUACCAGUACUCGCUGAGACAGUGAUAGAACUUAGCACCCACAUCGACCCAGAUCUGAAAUCAAGAAUGACCCAUGUUCUUGAUGAGUUAAGGAGAGAAGAACUGCGGUUUGUGCAGACUUUGGAGAGAGGAGAAAAGCUACUGGAUCAAUUUCUGUCUAAUGCUUUAUCAAAUGAAGGUGAAAAUGGAAAUAGGCCUUGUCUGUCCGGGAAAGAUGUAUUCCUUUUAUAUGACACCUAUGGUUUUCCAAUAGAGAUAACAGCUGAAGUUGCUGAAGAACGAGGAGUUAGCAUUGAUAUGGAGGGAUUUGAUAUUGAAAUGGAAAAUCAAAGACGACAAUCUCAAGCUGCUCACAAUGUAGUCAAACUUUCAGUUGGAAAUGAAUUGGAGCUUGCAAAGAGUGUUCCUGACACUGAAUUUUUGGGAUACGACAUGCUUUCUGCUAGUGCCAUAGUAAAGGGUCUUUUGGUGAAUGGCGAUCCAGCUGCACAUGUUUCUGAAGGCAGUGAUGUAGAAAUUAUGUUGAACAGGACACCAUUUUAUGCUGAAUCAGGUGGUCAGAUAGGAGAUAAUGGUUACUUAUACUGCAUAGGAGAUGAAAAUAAAAAACAGAAAGCAAUCGUGGAAAUAAAGGAUGUCCAAAAAAGUCUUGGAAAUAUAUUCGUUCAUAAAGGUACAAUAAAGGAGGGGACAUUGGAAGUCGGCUUAGAAGUGGAUGCUGCAGUUGAUGCAAAAUUGAGGCAGAGGGCUAAAGUCCACCAUACUGCAACACAUCUACUUCAAGCUGCCCUUAAAAGUGUCAUUGGCAAGGAAACAUCACAAGCUGGUUCCCUGGUAGCCUUUGACCGACUUCGAUUUGAUUUUAACUUCCAUCGUCCACUCGCCGAACAUGAAAUAAUGGAAAUUGAAGUACUGAUAAAUCAGUGGAUUAGUGAUGCAACACAACUUCAAACAAAAGUUAUGCCUCUAUCUGAUGCCAAGCAAGCAGGUGCAAUUGCAAUGUUUGGUGAAAAAUAUGGAGAACAGGUGAGAGUUGUAGAGGUCCCUGGUGUAUCAAUGGAACUUUGUGGUGGGACACAUGUGAGCAAUACUUUGGAGAUUCGUGGCUUUAAAAUAAUUUCAGAACAGGGAAUUGCUUCUGGAAUCAGACGUAUUGAAGCUGUUGCUGGUGAAGCUUUUAUUGAGUAUGUCACUGCUCGAGAUAACCAUAUGAGACAUUUGUGCUCGAUACUCAAAGUAAAAGCAGAAGAUGUCACCGGUCGAGUGGAAAACAUACUGGAGGAGCUAAGGAUGGCUAGGAAUGAAGUUUCAUCUCUGCACAAUAGAAUUGCAGUAUUGAAAGCAUCAAUUAUUGCAAAUAAAGCCUUUCUGGUUGGAAGCUCAAAUGUCAGGGUGGUCGUUGAGAGUAUGGAUGACUUGGAUGCUGAUGCUCUGAAAAGUGCUGCUGAAUAUCUUGUGGGUUCAUUGAAUGAUCCUGCAGCUGUGGUUCUAGGGUCAUGCCCAGGAGAUGGAAAGGUAAGCCUGGUAGCUGCAUUUAGUCCUGGAGUUGUUGGAAUGGGAAUUCAGGCAGGGAAAUUUAUAGGAGGUAUAGCUAAACUUUGUGGUGGAGGAGGUGGUGGCAAGCCUAAUUUUGCCCAAGCUGGUGGGAGGAAGCCUGAGAACUUGUUAGAUGCCCUGGAGAAAGCUCGAGUUGAACUUAUGAAGACUUUGACUGAAAAUAUCAGCGAAACUGCAAUUUGAAAAACAUUUUGGUUUCAGAUAUAAUCCUUCUCAAUGAAUCAAAAUCUCGCACAAACAGUUACGUUCAAAAGUUUCAAUUGCUUCCUAUGAGGUUUAGCAGCAGAUGCUUAUAUAAAUUUCCAGUGCUAAUUGGCUACCAGAUCAAGUUGUUGGCAUGCUGGUGAAUGUAAUUCUGAACAUCAGUAAAUUGUCCACCUCCACCAUUCCUCUGAUUUUGUAAAUACAAAAUCUGUUUUCCUAUUGUAGCGAGUUAUAUAUUGAACUGUACAGCAGUGGAAAAGCAAUAGAAAUGUAUUUCUAUCACCAAGAAAAAAGGCUCUCUCUUCAAAA